CUGAUCAUGCGUGUGUUUGCCUUUUUCGCCACCGUGGCACUGGCUCUGCAAGCAACAGCGAUGAGCGCCUUUGACGACUCGGCGGCCCAAGCGGCCCUCGCCAACGCGGAAGCCUGGAUCGGCAAGCACCUCUACAAGACUGCGGACGAAGCUGGCGGCGACGCCGGCGCCAUCCUCGAGUCCGACAUCACCUAUGAACCGCUGCGCAUUGUGCGCAACCGCGGCUUUACCGAAGACCUCGUGUUUGGUCGCCUCAACAUCAAGCUGGACGAGAACAAGGUCAUCACCAAGGUCUGGAUCGGCUAGUAAGGACCAACAAGCAUCCUUGCUGCAGAUAAUACCCUCCUCAAUGUGAACUUGACGACGAAAUCAAACACGCUGCAUUUCGC